CGGUGUUUUGGUUGAAUCGGCCUGGAUAACGGGAAGGUGCGAAUUGAGAAGGAUGUAGUGGAUAAUAACAUGAAGGGUGUAAAGUAAUGGUGGGAUAAGUUGUUUUGUGAACAAUCGAGAGGAUAAGAUAGAAAGUUUACUACUGUCAGUCUGUAAAUUUAGUAUUCGCAACUUUUCAAACUUCGCCCACAAAAAUAAAUAAUUUAAACAUUGGCAUUUUGUUUAUUUCAAAGAAUGAAGUCAGAAUUUUUGGAAUUUUUGCUAAAAGUUACUAGACGUCCUCUUACAUUUCUAAAUAAUUUAUUUUAAUUUUACAGAUUAUUUUGACAUAUUAAUAAUUAAAAAUAUGGUUGAGUCUGUUAUUUUGUCUAAGAAGCCUAAAAAGAACAAAAGAAAAUUAGUAGAAGAUGAAGAAGAGGAGGAUCUUUCUCUUAAUGUCAAAACAAGCAAAAAACAAUCGUUACCAGAUUCUUUAUUAUCAACAUUCUCUGAGGAUGGGGGACAAAUACGUGAUUUAAAUAUUUUAAAAGAAAGAUUGCAAGAUGUUAUUCAAAUUCUUGGAGAUUUUAAAAAUAGAGCUGAACCUGGACGUAAAAGGAAGGAUUAUUUACAAAUGUUUUUAAAAGAUUUGUGUGCUUAUUAUAAUUAUAAUGAAUUUUUAAUGGAAAAAUUUAUGAAUCUUUUUCCAAACGGAACUGAGUUAAUUGAAUUUCUUGAUGCAAAUGAACAUCAGAGGCCUGUUACUAUUCGAACUAAUCCAUUGAAAACAAGAAGAGGAGAACUUGCAAAAUCAUUGAUUGCUCGUGGAAUGAAUGUAGAUCCAGCAGCUAAAUGGACAAAAGUUGGGUUAAUUGUUUAUGAUUCUCAAGUUCCCGUUGGACUUUCUUCAUUUUUACCAGUUAUGGCACUUGCACCACAACCUAAUGAAAGAAUUUUGGAUAUGUGUGCAGCACCUGGUGGUAAAACAACACAUAUUGCCUCUUUAAUGAAGAAUACCGGCGUUUUAUUUGCCAAUGAUUCUAAUCCAUCAAGAAUUCACGGGAUAAUUGGAAAUAUUCAUCGAAUGGGCGUAAAUAAUUGUGUUGUAAGCAAUCUUGAUGGUACAGAAUUUGCUAAAAUCCAAACACAUUCUUUUGAUCGAGUAUUACUGGAUGCUCCAUGUUCAGGUACAGGUGUUAUAUGGAAGGAUGAACGUGACUACGAGAAUAUAAAAGAACGUUUUACACUUCAAAAACGUUUACUUUUGGCAGCAAUAGAUUCAGUUAAUGCACAUUCUGGGAAAAAUGGAGGUUAUAUUGUUUAUUCGACGUGUUCAGUUUUGGUUGAGGAAAAUGAAGCAGUUAUUCAAUAUGCUUUGGGUAAAAGAUAUGUUAAAAUAGUUCAAAUGGGUUUGGAUGUUGGAGUGCCCGGAUUUACAAAAUUUCGAGAAUAUCGUUUUGAUCCAUCAAUGCAAAAUACUCGUCGUUAUUACCCACAUGUGCACAAUAUUGACGGGUUUUUUGUUGCAAAACUUCGCAAAGUGUCAAAUGAAAUAAAGAAGAAAAAAGAGAAAAAUCAAAAAGACGACGAAGAAACUAAUAAAUCAAAAAAUAAGCAAAAUAAAGGAGGAAGUAGAGAGUAA